AUGAUGAUUUUAAUAUGUAAUGGUCUCUUUUAUAACUGCCUCUACUCCGACGGACAGUACCUACUGCCUCUACUCCGACGGACAGUACCUACUGCCUCUACUCCGACGGACAGUACCUACUGCCUCUACUCCGACGGACAGUACCUACUGCCUCUACUCCGACGGACAGUACCUACUGCCUCUACUCCGACGGACAGUACCUACUGCCUCUACUCCGACGGACAGUACCUACUGCCUCUACUCCGACGGACAGUACCUACUGCCUCUACUCCGACGGACAGUACCUACUGCCUCUACUCCGACGGACAGUACCUACUGCCUCUACUCCGACGGACAGUACCUACUGCCUCUACUCCGACGGACAGUACCUACUGCCUCUACUCCGACGGACAGUACCUACUGCCUCUACUCCGACGGACAGUACCUACUGCCUCUACUCCGACGGACAGUACCUACUGCCUCUACUCCGACGGACAGUACCUACUGCCUCUACUCCGACGGACAGUACCUACUGCCUCUACUCCGACGGACAGUACCUACUGCCUCUACUCCGACGGACAGUACCUACUGCCUCUACUCCGACGGACAGUACCUACUGCCUCUACUCCGACGGACAGUACCUACUGCCUCUACUCCGACGGACAGUACCUACUGCCUCUACUCCGACGGACAGUAGCUACUGCCUCUACUCCGACGGACAGUAGCUACUGCCUCUACUCCGACGGACAGUAG